AUGCUGCAGAUGCUGCUGAUCAGUUGGGUCUUCGCCUUGCUCAGGGUGUCCCUAGGCCAGGCCCAGGUCCCCAUCCAGGCCAACUUUGAUGCCAGCCAGUUCCAGGGCAUCUGGUAUGUGGUCGGGGUGGUACCGGAUGACCAGGGCUUCCUGGACUCCAAGGACAACCUGAAGGUGCCCGUGGUCUUGGUGACCCCCUUGGCCCAUGGUGACCUGGCCCUCAAGUUUGGGUACUCCACGCCCGAUGGCGGGUGCCAGAAGACGGACACAACCUUCACUAAGGGUGCUGUGGACGGGUAGUUCAGCAACGAGGCCAUGGCGCAGACCGAGAUCCGCGUGGCGUCCACCGACUACAAGCAUUUCGCAGUGCUGUACAUGGAGACACAGAAGGGGGGCGUCAGGAACGUCUGGCUGCAGCUCUACCGUGGGCAGCCCUGCCCGGUGGCGCUCCCGGCACCCCUGUGCCCCCACUAGUCACCGGGCACAGCCUCUCCUCU